AUGACGAAUUCUACUUGGAUAGCUGACGAUAAAAUUAUUCAUUUAUUGAAUAAUUUCUUACAGAAUGAUUAUCAUGACAAUGAACCCGGAGCAGGUAUACUUAUUCUCGUUGAUGAUCGUGUUAUCUAUGAACGUUGUUUUGGUUUAUCAAAUCUUGAUACAUACGAAAAAAUUACACCUGAAACAAAUUUUCGUUUAGCUUCACUUACAAAACAAUUUACAGCUUAUGGAAUUAUUUUACUUGAACAAGAAAAUAAAUUAUCUCGAACCGAUACAAUUGGACAAUUUUUUUCUGUUAAUUUUCAAAAUGAAUAUCCAUUGAUAAGUAAUAAAAUAACAAUUCAACAUUUACUUGAUCAUUCAUCUGGAUUAUAUGAUUAUGAAGAUAAUAAUUUCGAUAUUCAUAAUCAAUGGUCUGAUUAUGAUGUACUUGAAUAUCUUCAUGAUAAAACAUAUUUUGAACCGGGUACAAAAUAUCGAUAUAGUAAUACUGGUUAUAUUCUUUUAGGUUUAAUUAUUGAAAAUAUUUCAACAAAAUCAUUAGGAGAUUUCUUUUAUGAAUAUAUUUUUCAACCAUUCAAUAUGAAGACAAGUAUUCUCUAUAAUUCAAGACAAACAUUUAUUAAAAAUCGAGCGUUAGGUUAUAAAAAAAAAUUCCAUGAACAAUCUUAUGAACUUUCUGAUCAAAGUUCAACAAGUGCAACAAGAGGUGACGGAGGAAUUUAUAUGUCAUUGAAUGAUUAUCUUCAAUGGUAUCACCAUUGUCCUUCAUUAUCAUUAAUAUCGCUAUUUCCAAUUGAUAAAACAUCAAAAACUACUUAUUAUUAUCAUCUAGGAUGGUUUUUAAAUGAUUCUACUAGUCAAAUACGAAUACAUUCAGGUGAUUCCUGUGGUUUUACACAUCAAGUAUUUCGAAUUGAUAAUGAACAAAGAAAAAUACUUGUUCUUUAUCUCACAAAUAUAGGAAAUAAUAAUGAAAAAAUUCAAAAAUUUAAUCAUUUUAUUAUAGAAAAUAUUCCUCAAUUAAAUCCAAAUAAUACAAAUCUUCUGUGGGAUAUGGUGAAACUAACAAGAUGA